UCUCAUGCCCCAGACAAAAGGGCUGAAAUUCUAGGCCACUUGGUGGUGGCAGGAAGGAGGCCUGCCCUGCCCCACUCUGUCUAAGCAGGAGAAAUAAUCAUGACCUCUUCUGUCUGUCUGUCUGUGCCAGUGGUUUCCAGUGACAGUGACUCAGAUCUCAGCUCCUCCAGCCUGGAGGACAGACCCAUGCCCUCUGGGGUCAAGGGCACAACGGGUGACAAGCCUAGAGGGGACUCAGGUGGCAGCAUGGAGUCACCCAGGAUGGGGCCUGCCCGCCCACCCAGCCAUCUUUCGGGCAGCCAGAGCAGUCUGGGCAGUGAGGCUGGGGCAGGUGCUACAGAGCCACAGGGAGACACCCCAGCCCGGACUGAGCCCAGGGUACCCGGCAAAAGACAUACAUGGGCAACUCCCCGCUACUGAGAUGGCCAGCUGACAUCCCUAAGCUGAGGCAAAUUCUCCAGAGGAAGAUUCAGAGAGAGACAACAGGGCCAACCCACCGGAGCUCCUCUCUGAAGGUUCUUGAGGCCUCACAAAGCUCCAUGAUACCUUGACCUCCAACUCAACAAGCCAGUAUUUGGGGACUGAGCAUGCUUGCCCCCACCCUGUAGUGCCUUAUCGACUAUCUCACUCAGCACCCCACCUUUAUUUAUUGCCCCUCCCCCACCCCAGUCAUGUCUCGAUUCGCUCUGGUCUUGGGUUGGGCUGGGAAGGCCUUCCUAUAUGCACUGAAGUUUGGGUAGAACCACACAGGGCUUUCUUUGAAUUUAAUGAGGAGAAAUCUAACCCUCAGUGUGACCCUGCAGAGCUGAGCAACCCGCCCCCACCCCACCCCACCCCACCGCAAGCUUGGAGCACCCGCUCCUUUCUCUCUUCAACUGAUGGAGGCCAGAGCAGGGCCCUAUUUUCCCCGAGGCUAGUCCAGGAGCUGAGUUAAAUCCAGCUUUGAGGUUUCCCUGAAGCCCCUUUUGGCCUCUGGGUUUUUGUUCCACCCUGAAACACAGCUCCCCCUAAGACAUUAAAACCCUGCCUCAUGCUGGCCCAGCCUGGGAGUUUCAAAUUCUAAAGCCAGAGAAGGUGUGAAAAAUAUUCAAAAUACAGAUGCUUCUGGAAAACCCCUCCCUGGGGUGGGGGUGGGGAGGCGUCCUAUGCCCUUCCUUCCUUGAGUCCAGUUCCACCCCCCUCCCACUACUGUCCCUUCCUCCUUGGAGGGCUUUCUCUCCAAGGCCACCAAAGUUAGCCUUUUGCCUGUUGCUGCUGGCGGAAGACAAACUUAUCACUUCCCUGUAACAUGUAACACAUCAGCACUAACAUAAUAAACAUGAGAAUUUUUGUGGA